UGUCUGCCUCUGCAGAUCACUGUAACACUAAACAGAAUAAUCGAUGGAGACGGAAGAUCAGAGCAAGUGAGUACCUCCGAUUGUUAUUUCAUCCGUCUGGGCUUUGCUCCUCCCGUUUUUCAUUUAACUUCACUGUUUUUUCACUGUGUCUUUGUUGAGGUUUGAUUGAGAACUGAAGUCCUGGUCUGUCUCUGUUAUUCUUUCUGUAAUUUGGUGUUUUGCAAUAAUAGUUGGGAUUUCUUGUCAUUUUUGAUCAAACCUUUUUUAUAUUCAUUCAUGAGGCGAGAGUAUAUGAACACUGUUGUAAUGCAGCACGUACAACGCUAGAGGCCAGUGUUGUCCUUACAGCAGUCAUUGCCAAAAGUUCUGUUUUUCUUCUUUUUCAUCAGGCUUGUUCAUCAUUUGCUCUAUAGCCUCAUCCACCCCCCCCAAAACAAAUGUUGCAGCUCUAGAUCACUUGUUCUGUCUAGUACCACAACAUCACCACUGUGAUGUACGGUCAAUGCUUCACAGUGGUUGUAGUUUAUUGGAUACACUGCGACUUUAUACAAAUCUGAAGUUUUAAAGGCAGGGUUGGUAAUCUUCUUCAGAAACAUUUUUUGAUACUUUUGUUGCAAUUCUGAUUACAUCCUGACAGAAACCAAUGAAUCAAAUGCUCUGCCAAAAAACAAGAAGAAAAGAAAUCAGGUGGCUGUAGCAGGAAAAGUGAUGAGAUCGUUCUAACUGCGCGUCCACCUGCAUGUAAUCGGCCCGUGCACUCAUCGCAGUCUCCCACAUGCUGCUAGCUCGAAAGCUGCAGGCGUUAACUGCAGCCAUGUUGUUCGUUUACGUUCGUAAUGAGAAUUUUGGGGGAGUGGCUCAGGAAGGAGGCCUGAAGGGACUGUCGGUGUUGACUUGGCGACUUUCUUGCUAAAUUUUGCCACUUUUGGAGCUAGCGCUGCUAGCAAAGAGUUACCACCACUCGGCUGGGUAUUAAGGUUGGAUCAUUUUAUAAACUCUUGCUGGUUUCUCAAGAUUACUGACCCUGCCUUUAAUACUUUUCUGUUUCACAUUUAUUUUACCCUUUAAUUGUGUUCUAUGAAGAAUCUAUUACUACAUGUGUAACCUACGCUGGUGUUACCGUAUAAUAGAUCCUUUUUUUCAACGCAGAAAUUCGACGUCAUCGUUCAUUGUUAUUAUUUACAUCUGGCUAAAUGACACAAAAAUCUCCAAAGCAAAAAUGUGCAGUAUUUAUUAUUCGGCUGACACGUUUGUUGAAAGCGACGUGCAAUGAGCAUGUUCAACCCCGUUGGGACGACGGCAAGAUAAAUGUCCGACCAUCUCAAAACAACGAAGCGAGUUCUUUUCUUUCCCCUCGCACAGCACUCCCUCUGAUCUUCAUCAAGCACUUCCAGAGAAGCUGGCCUCAGGACAAGGAGGGACCGGAGACCGUCCCCGAAGCGGACUCCGACUUCGAGGAGGUCACUUCAAUAGAGAAACAAACUUACUCCGAGGUCAGUUCAGUGACAUCUGCAGAUACCCAGAAUCCCUUAGAGGGAAGUGAGAAGAGUGAAGAGCACUUGGCGAAGACGGCCUGCAACUCGUCCAGCCCAAAGAAGCGCUUGACGCUAUCUCCCUCUGAGAAAGAGAAGCUCCUGAACUGGGACAUGCUGGUCACACCGGAGGAAGCGCCGAUUAACACCCAAAACGAACAAAAAUUUCAGGUACAAGCAGAGGCAGCAGUAGAUAAGUUUCAGACGGACUCGGGCCAGAGCGGGGAACCGUCCCAGAGCCAAACCUCCGCCUCGUCCCCCUCAGCCCUCCAGCUCAUAGCGGACGCCUUCAGGAGGACUUUUAGUGUGACCAAUCUCUCCAGCAGGUCCAACGCUGCAGUCCCAAUAAGGGCCAAACGUGACAGCCCCCAUAAACAGAGGCCCAUGUCAGAGGGAGCGUUGAACUUCAGCGCCGCGGGUCCAGAGCCACCCGGAGAUGAGAGGGCCGGCAAGUACAAAGCCCGCUGGGCGUCUAUAGGGGCCAAUGCGUGGGGGGCCGAGCAGGACCUGCCCUCUCUGUUGCAGCAGGUGUCCCUGAAGGGCCGCGGAGACUCCGGAGGGAGGUUCUCUGACGACAUGGCCUCGCUUCGCGGCAGGAGGGUCAACCUGUUCUCGUCCCUGAGACUGAGGAAGAGGAAGGAGUCGGAGGGUGAGGGGCGGGACCAGGAGGCGCAAAAGGAUAUCAGGGCGAUACUCGCCAACCUCCGAAACAAAGCCUCCAGACUACAGAAUCUUGAAGAGCCCACCUCUAGUGAUGAUGAAAACCCGGCAUCCAAUCAGAAGCUGUGUCCAGAAAGACAGAGGAGGAGGCAGGAGAAGACGGUGGCCCAGCAGGCUAAAAGAGAACAGCUGAAGAGGCUCCACAGAGCUCAGGCCAUCCAGAGACAACUGGAGGAGGUCGCAGAGAAACAAAGGGAUCUGGAGGAGAGAGGAGUGGCCAUAGAGAAGAUCAUAAGAGGAGAAACUGAAUCAUCUCAAACGGACGACAGUGAUGAGGCCCAGCUCUAUCAGUCCUGGUUCAGACUCGUCCUGGAGAAGAACAGACUGGCGCGCUACGAGUCUGAGCUCAUGAUCUUUGCCCAGGAGCUUGAACUGGAGGACACACAGAGCCGACUGCAGCGAGAUCUACGACACAGGAUGGCAACAGAAGACACAAAGAAGAGCGCCUUCGAGCUGCAGGAGGAGCAGGUGAUCCUGUCGGAGAUCAUGAGGACGGUGGAGAGACGCGACGCGCUGGUGUCCGUGCUGGAGGUGCAGAGGCUGAAGGAGAGGGCCGAGGACCGGGACCUGGAGAGCCUCGUGCUGUCCAGGGGCUACGAGUUCCACUGGGCCACGGUGGAUGACGACUGGGGGCGGGAAAAGUCGGAGUGAAGGUUGAACGCUGAGCGGUAAACGGGUAGAAAAGUAGCACAAGGCUCUACGUAACGCUAUUUUUUACAGAAACAGUGGAAUCAAACCAUACUGGCUAGAUCUAGAUAAUGGGGCAAGGAUCGAAAUGUCAUGGAAGUCUAGGGGUUUGUUCACCCUAAAGAGGACAGCAGGGCUUUCAUCUAGUCUCACUGUGUGCCGUUAUGCUGAGGUCAGAGACAAAUGGAAGGAAGAAUGGAAAAGGAGCGGCUAAUGACAUCUCUGCCAUUAAGGUCAUUUGACCUCUGUGCUCAGAAGUGCUUCUGAUGAUGUGAUUACCUUGUAACGUUUUCUGCCUCGUAAACCAAACUGACUGCCUGUGUGGUUGCCCGCCUUAAGAACGCCUUUGGAACGCCGUAUAGCCUCACUGGAUAGCACGUGGAACGACUCGACACUUUCCCUAAAGUUUGCACAACGUGGUUUGUUUGAAACUUAUGUCAUAAAAUACAGAAUUUUUUGCUUUAUGUCAUGCACUGUUUGUCACUUUGUAGCUGUGUGUGUGUGUGUGUGUGUGUGUGUGUGUGUGUGUGUGUGUGUGUGUGUGUGUGUGUGUGUG